AGUUCCGGUUCUCGUUCCCCGCUUCGCGUUGCCACGGCGUUCGCCCCGUCCGUCUGCUUGGGGCAGGCCGACGCGGUCGUUUGCAGACGGCCUUCGGACGGCGAAGGUCCCAGUCGUGUCGUCGUGCGUCGCUUGCGAAGGCGCCCGCCACCUUCGAAAGUCGGCGUGGCAGUUUGCUACACGCACGCCAACUUUAUACUCACACCGUCUUCCUGACUUUCCCAAACGCUGCUUUCUUUUCAACAACAUUUUACGUUGGUGCGCGUCGAGUACGUCGCGUCGCGGUUCUUUUAAGUUGUGUGUGUCGUGCGGUUUGUUACCUCGUCCAGGUGUAGUAAGCGCUAGUUGGCCUGCCGACGCUCACUCCCGUUCCGCGUAGCUUGAGCGAACGGUCCCGUCUCGGCCCACCUUGCAUUUCAUCAACCCCUACCCCCUUUGGAUUUCGCGCACGCGCCGGUGAACUUUCCUGCAAAGAGUGUGUGUUCGAGCCGAUCUUCGUUUGUGCAAGUUGGCCCCUAAAUAUCUCUACAACUGUUCGUCAAAGACCGCUGGAGUCAACGAGCUUCUGCUGGGAAAGAAGAGGAACGCGGCAUCACAAGGUAAGCGGUCUCUGCUGCUGCUCCAGCCGCAACCUCUUCGAAAAAGCUGUGAGCCAAGCGACUCCUAGUAUGACGGUCCGAAAGAGGAGGGUCCAUCGUCCUCACUCCAACAGCUAGGCUUGCCUGGACAGCCACUUGUUCCGGAGCCGUUCAUUCUCGGCUCGUCCACUGAGGCAAGCUUCGACACUCCAGAAUCGAUGAGGUGGCUACAUAACCCUGCUGAUUUUCGAGACGACGCUUACGACUAAAGAUGAAGCCAAGAUGACCUUGGGGGCUAGUGGGGCCUCCAUUGCUGGCGAGAAAGUACUAUUUCGGCCGUAGCAGACACGGUGUCUCCACUUCUGCGGCCAUGCCAGGGUGCCUGGGUGUCGUGCAGUCGCGGCUACGGUUGCUGCCUCUGCUAUUCCUGGCCUUUUGGACGUGGACGGCAGCGCGCGCCAUGUGUCCGUCACGGUGCAUCUGCGACGACGAGAAUCUCCGAGUGGUGUGUGACUCGGCUUAUCUGGACGUGGUGCCCAUCACGCUCAACCCGAACUUGCGCGAGCUGAGCCUCGUGAAUAACCACAUCAAGAGUGGCGUGUCUUCAUUCAGCGUCUAUGGAAACCUGCGCUAUCUGGACGUCUCGCACAACCAGCUGGUAUCGCUGGGCAAGGAGAACUUCCGCUCCCACAAGCAUCUCGUCGUACUUGUCCUGGCGAGGAACAUGAUCUCGCAGCUCGACAACACGACGUUCAAGGGACUCGACGAGCUGCAGACGCUGCUACUGAACGAGAACUACAUCGACAGCAUUCCAGCCGGGGUAUUCAUGCCGCUCAAGAAACUGGAAAAGCUGGAUCUGUCACAGAAUCGUCUAGUCAGGGUCACUGAACAGGCGUUCCAGGGGCUGACCAAGUUGAAAACCCUGUUACUGCGGGACAACAAGUUUGUGACGAUACCGAGCCAGGCGUUCGCGCCGUUGUCGUUUUUGUUAAACCUGGAUCUCGGUCUCAACAUGUUCUCCAACAUUCCGGAGGAAGCCUUCGUGGCGUUGAAGCAGCUCGAGGAACUGUCGUUAGACGGCUGCGGCGUGAAGACGGUGCAGAACGGAGCGUUUCGGCAACUGUCCGCAUUGCGCCAACUAAAGCUGCACGAUAACGAGCUCGAAGAGGUGCCCACGGCGACAUUCCAGGAUAUCACGCGGCUGGAAGUCCUCAACCUGGGACAGAACAAAUUCCCAAGACUUCGGCCGUCCGCGUUCCAGUACCUCAAGUACUUGAGGACUCUGGAAGUGAGCGGCUCAGCCGUGCUUCGGUGCAUCGACCGAGGAGCCUUCGCCGAAAACACUGACCUUGAAAGCAUUCGGAUGACGCACAACAUCAACUUCCGGUGCAUAGAGCCUGGAGCGUUCGAUGGCCUGGCUGGUCUGAAGCAUUUGAUUCUGCGGGGCAACGGCUUCUCGACUUUUGAUGAAUCGCUUCUCGAGUGGUACGAGCUGCAGGAGCUCGAUCUGAGGGACAAUCCUCUGGUCUGUAACUGCACUGCCCUGUGGCUGUGGCACAUGUGCAGUGCCCGCAACGCGACAAAUUCACCGCUCACUCCGGAGACGUCGCUGGUCCGCUGUGGUGGUGGGCCACCAGCGCUCAAGGACAAAUUACUGAGAGACAUUGGCUCCGCGGACUUGGGCUGCUACGACGCGGUGCUUCGGCGGCAGAUCAUCAUCGGAGUCGUGGCGGCAGCUGCGAUAUUAUUCGCACUCAUCGUGGCCCUCGGUUUCCGAUUUCGGGAACGCGUCGCCGGCGUCCUCAAGAACAAGUGGGGAAGCGGAACCAAGGAGCCGCAGUACCACAAGACGCACGGCGAAGACGACAACAGCAUGUGUCAAGUGGCUCACCAGCCCUUGAAAUUGAUACCCGUGACAGAACUGUGAUAAACGCCUUGACGCUGUGGUGCAUUGCGUAUGGAAAGUGCUCUGCGCGGAUUCAUGAAGCCCAGGAUAUGUUUUGCUACCUUUACUGGUAUAUUUUACCACCUACCCCACAUUGUCCGACAUGGCCAUGUUAUCUUGCCGACUUAAUGCUGACCUCUGGCUACGAGGAAUUCUGCUCUAUCCGACUCAAAGAGGGUUUUAUUUGACAACUGACAAUUGUCUUCUAUGGCCUCGCCGUCUGCAAGGUUAAUCAUUAAGCAUGCAUCUAUUACGCAUGCAUUAAGCAUUGUUGUUUCACUUUGUAGGUUUGUUAGCGCAUUGCCUAGGCUUCUCGUCUCCUCGCUCCUGUCCGAGGGAAAUGUCUCUCCAUGCACUUAUCCUAUUAAAGGGCAAAAUUUACUGCCACAGCGUCUGACAUAAACAGCGCCAAGAACGCUCUACAAUACACUUUUAGGAGCAAAUCCGGAGGGGAAAGAAGGGACGCAACGUGUGUGACUUUCCAAGCAGAACGAUCGCCCCCUUCGCGAAUGCAAAGUGUUCGUGAGAAGUCUUGAUUGAGCCGAACUGUGUUUUGCCGCAGAGCUUGAGAUGUCGCGGUGUGGCCGCGCGACCUUUGCCAGCGCGCGCAUCGUGCUGGAAGUGACAUUUUGGAAACCACGUUUUCUUUUGCCUGUUUACCCCUAGUAAGAUCACAAAGUGUAGCGUCUGCGUUCCUUUCCACAGGAAGACCGCCCACAGUACUGUUGCGGUAUGUGAGGACGUUUCUGCGAAGGCACGAACGAGUCGCCGAGCAGCUAAUGGUGUAGAAGAGCCAUAGCUUUUUAAUAUCUCGUGGUUGAAGCGCACUCUGGUGUCCCUCCUUUGUACAUAGCGUGGAGCCCAAGUAUGUGUGGCUGCUCGUUCAUUCCUUUCCUUUGUGUGUCGAUGACGAUGAUGAUUUCCCGCUCUCGCUUUCUCUUCUCUCUCUAUUUCUGCCUUUCCUCAGCGACCAUCACUCGCUCUUGAGCAGUGGCCUGGUUCUUUGUGUACAGAUGUGUACUUGUGUUUGUGUUCGACAACCUUUUUCUGGAAGUGCUCCGUCGUAUUGUACUACCCGCCUACGAUUCAGAUCCUGCAGACAAAGACCGUUUUCGUGGUGCCCGCAUGUGGAAAAGCAUGUAAAGGGACAACUUGUGCAUGGCAUGUAACUCUUUCUGCCGCUUCUGAGGCCCCUCUCGACAUGAUUGGGAAGCGAGAACAGGCUCUGUCAUUCGAUAUAAGUACGCCUUGUCAUUCCAGUGCAGAGAAAGAAACCUUAGUACAUCAGGAUUACAUCACUGUACGACAAAGACUGUAUAGAAGGAAAGGAUAGCGGAGAAGACGGGCCUCGACGGCUCAUCUAUAAGACAAACCGUGGAGGGCUCUGCUUUUCUCGCUUGUUGUGUAAAACUACAACAACAAAACAACAACACAAAGUCUCCUUUCUUGAAGUCAGUGCCCCAGUAGCGCCACCGGAAUGGCCCAUGUCUGCGAAUGAGCGAAAAAAAAAAAAUUCUUGGCAUAUGAAACCCAGAGACUUUGGUUCACUUGUCGCAGCCUUAAUUAGUAACCCCGUAAGUGAAGCUUUGGGAAGCGUUACUAUAAUAAUCGGUUUAGAAAUCCUGUUCGCUCGAUGCACAGUGUUGCAAUGAAAAAAGUUAAUCUCACUGUUAAUGACCUUAGCGGAGGUAGUGCGGAAAGCGCUUCGUUCUUUUCCUAUAUCGGUUCUGCCGUCUUUCCCGAGCUAACGUGCUCUCUUCUUCAAGUGAACAGGGAGUCUAGUAUACAUAGGGUUGUGGUGAACCGCCACAGUGUGGCCGGCUGUGAAUAGCUCGACGACUGUAAAGUAUGGGUAAACCGCCGUGUUUUGUUUUCCUGUAAUUUAUUUUUGAAAGUUUUUAGCCAGUUGGAGGAGCUUUACGGUUCCGUUACUUACGCGAUGGUACACAGGGCAUUCCGUUUCCGUUUUUUGUGUUGUACGUGCAGCGCGUUUGUAAAGAAAAACAAACAAAAAGAAAGCUCUCAGUCUCGCAUCCCAGUUAGAAAGUUGACCUGAACUUUGUUCGCGCAGCCUAAAGAAAGACUUAACGACUUCAGUGACGCCGCAUAAACUGCUCUGCCAACGUGGACGCCAGAAGCUGAUGUUGAGGAAGAUAGCGAAGGUGGUGAUUAUUCAGGCAUAAUACUCCCCAGACGAGAGCUUCUACUCGGCAAGAUUUCUUCUUUCUUUAUGUACAUAUCACGCUAAUGUGGCGCGGACAAAGCCUUUAAAAGUUUGGCCUGCUAGCGCAUUAAACAUUCAUGGAAUUGCUCAAAGCAGUGCGCCUCUUAUUUUGCUUUCUUUUAACCCAGAUUUUAUGCUUGAUGAGGUCAUGGGCGACGCCUCGCCCUUUGCUUUUGUUGCCGGGUCGUUGCGAAAAGAGCCCGCCGCGAAAAUUAAAGUGUCUCGCAGGCGCCGGUGGAUAGCGAAGCGCGGUCAACUGUUUUGUGUGAGAAAACAAAUUCAAGACUCCGCGUGAGAAGCUUGAUUUAUGCGACCUAAUGACCAGUUGCGUGUUUUGCCUUGAAGCCGCCAUUGCCUAAUGGAGCAGCUGAGUGCAAAGUGAGGUAAGCGAAUGACCACCAUUCUCUUUUCGGUGCCUCGGACUCGUUUCUCUUUCAGCAAUCUUUUGUGCAAGAGUGAUGCUCUACAAAGGGAAAAAAAAAGGAAUAUGGCAGCUCAGGUGUUGUUUUGGAAUAUUUAUUCUACUCUUACCAAGGCAGUUGUGCUCUCUUACGGGCGAAUAGUUCAAGCCUGCUUAUUAUAUAUUUGUGAGUGCGUUCUUUUUUUUUUUGCUUUAUUAGGCAGCUGCUCAUUUCGUGGCAUUUGAUGGCGCAAGAAGAAAGCAGGCCGGUGUUAUAUGCUUUUGGCGCCGUUGGCUAGUCUGUGACAUUCCGCGCUUAGUGAUGAUUACGCAUGUCGAGAGAGAAUGCAGUGAUUCGCUCAUAGGUGAAUAAAAGCACGUACUUGCCUCCAGUCAAUUACUAUUUACGUAAACCUGGUGAAUGCUUAGCACGGAGGACGUCUGCACACGCCGACUUGCCGUGCAACCAAGGUAUUGGGUCCAUGCUGCUGUGGUAUUGGGGUGUUGGGGGUGUGCUCACUGCUUCCCUUACGGACUUAUUUUCUUUAUUUUCUCAAAAAAGGCAGUGUCUCCUCUGUAUGCAUAAUGACCAGCGCGCAAGAUAAAAGUAUGGUGGUGGCACUCUUUGAUGCAUAAAAAAAAAAGAAGGCCAGCAGCUGAAGCAGCGCAAGAAUAUGAGAGUAAAAAUGGAAUUGUAAGGCACUUACAGAGGUCUAUCAUGCUGCGUUGUUUUCUCACUGAAGCGGUAGCAAUGAGCAAACGCGAAGGUUUUGCUCGAUGUGGCAUCAAAUAUGCAGGCCACUGAAGUGCUACUUAACAGCUCCCUAUUAAAAUAUGACGAGAAGGAAAUCCUAAAUUCUCGGGUCUUAAGUGCCAAAAUCACGAUCUCAUUAUGAGAGCCGCCGUAUGGUUGGGCACUCUGGCUUCAUUUAGACCGCCUGGGCUUCCUUAACGUGCACCUAGAUCUAAGCACACGGGCGUAUUUAUUUAUUUGUAUAUUUAUUUAUUAUUGUUUAUUAUUUUUUUUCUUACAUUUCGCUCACAUGCUAAUACGGCUGCCAUGGAAACAUUAAUCGCAAUCAGCCGUUGCUGAUCCUCGAGGUCGGAGCUGGCCAAGGCUCUCUCCCAAAGCUCGUUAGUGGGGUAAGGGUUCGGAGGAUUUAAUGAGCAUCGAACGCGUAAUGCGGAGACGUGGGUUCGUAUCCCACUUGCGGCCAUUUUUGUUUUCACCCAC